AGUGUCAAGGGGCGUUCUGAGCUUGAGACGCGGUUAUGACCGUGACUUAGGAACUGUUCUUCUGGCUCUCCUUUCGCGGGGCAGAGGGGAACUCUGCCACAGUUGGGUCCUGCCUUCGAGCUGAGGAGGCCUCACUCCCGGAUCAGGCCUGACCGGGAUAAGUCCCAGAGCCGUUGGCUAUAGAAGACCUUCAUGAUUGGCUUCCUGUACAAACCUAGUUUCCUGAUUCUACUUGAUAUCCUAGAUUCAUGGAUUUAUUGAUGUGACCUUCCACGCCCAUAACGAACCAACUGGCUAGUCUUCUCUCGUUUCUUGAAGGUUAAUUAGAUGCCCUGAAUAUGAUGCUCUUCUUCGUUGUGGGACUGUUGGUCCAUAUCGUGUUCUUCGCCUCCAUCUUCGACAUUUACUUUACGUCUCCUCUGGUCCACGGGAUGACCCCCCAGUUCACGCCGCUGCCCCCUCCAGCGCGGAGACUGGUGCUCAUUAUCGCCGAUGGGCUGCGGGCAGACACACUCCACGAAUUCGAUGAGGAUGGAAAUCCGAGAGCACCGUUUAUUAGGAAUGUCGUGAUGCAGGAAGGCAGCUGGGGCGUCUCUCACACGCGUGUGCCCACGGAGUCUCGGCCGGGCCAUGUGGCCGUGAUAGCUGGGUUUUAUGAAGAUGUCAGCGCAGUUGCCAAAGGAUGGAAAGAAAACCCUGUAGAAUUUGACUCUCUCUUCAAUGAAAGCAGGUACACGUGGAGCUGGGGAAGCCCGGAUAUCCUGUCUAUGUUUGCCAAAGGCGCUACAGGGAACCAUGUUUUUACAUAUAGUUAUGACGCUGACAGUGAGGAUUUUGGUGCCGAGGAUAUAUCAAAACUGGAUACGUGGGUUUUUGAUCAUGUUAAGGAAUUCUUUCAUGCUGCCAAAAACAACCAGUCUUUGUAUUCUCAACUAAAUGAAGAGAAAGUCGUUUUUUUCUUACACUUACUAGGCUUAGAUACAAAUGGACAUGCUCACCGACCAGCAUCAAGGGAAUAUAAGGACAAUAUUAAAAUGGUUGAUGAAGGAGUCAAAGAGCUUGUAUCCCUGUUUAAAGAGUUUUAUGGGAACGAUGAGAAAACGGCGUUCAUCUUCACCUCGGACCACGGCAUGACAGACUGGGGUUCCCAUGGGGCUGGCCACCCUUCAGAGACCUUUACUCCUUUCGUCGCGUGGGGGGCUGGAAUCAAGUCUCCCCAAAGAGUGGCGGCUCAGCGGUUUAAUGACACACUUCUGAAAGAGUGGAAGCUGGAGCACUACAAGAGGCAAGACAUCAAUCAGGCCGACGUAGCGCCGCUGAUGGCCUCUCUCAUCGGGGUCCCCUUCCCCCUGAACUCAGUGGGCGUCCUUCCCGUGGGGUACCUCAACAGCACCGGCGCCUUCAGAGCCGAGAGCAUGUUCACAAACGCAGUGCAGAUCCUGGAGCAGUUCAAGGUGAAAAUGUCUCAGAAAAAAGAAGUCACUUUACCAUUUUUGUUUACACCAUUUAAGUUGCUUUCUGAUUCUAAACAGUUUGACAUUUUAAGAAAAGCAAGAUCUCACAUAAAACAGAGAGAGUUUGAUGAAGCUGUCUUGCUUUGCAAGGAGCUGAUUGAUCUCGCAUUGAAAGGAUUGUCUUAUUAUCACACUUACGACAGAUUCUUUUUGGGCACCAAUGUGCUGCUUGGUUUUGUGGGAUGGGCGUCUUAUGCGUCCCUGCUGACCAUCAAGUCUCAUUCCGGCCUUACCAGAGGUGCUGGUAACCCCGUUAAGAAACCAGGCUGUCUCCUGCCAUGUGGUUUUGUGGCUGUUGGCAUUUUAAUGGCGUUUUUCCUGCUGGUCCAAGCCUGCCCAUGGACUUACUACGUGUACUGCCUGCUGCCAGUGCCCAUCUGGUAUGCGGUUGCGAGAGAAUACCAAGUUAUUCAAGACUUUGUCACAGCUCUGUUGACCUUGCCCCCGAGUCGCCUGGUUGGACACCUGUUGGCCUGCACCCUGGGGAUUGAAGUAUUAGUGCUCAGUUUUUUCUACCGCCACAUGCUUACCGUCGGACUUCUCGUGUUUGCGGGUUGGCCGUUUAUCACUCCGCUGUGGACUCGAGCAAAGAGCAUCUCGCUGAGUUGGAUUUUCUUCUGCCUGCUCCUGGCAGUGUUCCCGCUGAUGCCUGUGGUAGGGCGGGAGCCAGACGUCUUUCUCGUGAUGUGCGCCGGCCUGCUGCUGCUGCUGCUGUCCCUGUUUGUCGGAGCAUCUCUCGUAAAGAGGAAAGACGGUUUUGUGAAUGAAAAGUCGUGGUUACAUCUAUCACAGAUGCUGAGCACGGCGCUCGCCAUGUACGUGGUGCACAGCACCUACAACAGUCUGCUGCAGAAGCGAGGGCUUCCUCUCGCCAACCAGGUUGCCAGCUGGGCGAUACUAGCCUCCUCCUUCGUCCUGCCCCUGCUGAGCCCCAGGGGCCUCCCGGAGCGGUUGUUCAGCAUACUUGUCUCCUGGAUGUCGACCUACCUCCUCCUGAGCACAGGGUAUGAAGCUCUCUUUCCAUUGGUGUUGUCGUGUUUGAUGUUUGUCUGGAUACACAUGGAACAAGAAAGCCUACAACAAGCUGGUGUUGCCUAUAAGCCGAAGGUCAGCAGCCUCCAGUUCUGCGGCAGCGCGGACGUGGCCCAGUGUCGCCAGCUCUGUCCGGACGACAUCCGCAGGGCCUUUUUCCUCGUUUUCUUCUUAGUCACAGCAUUUUUUGGAACUGGAAAUAUAGCUUCUAUUAACAGCUUUGAUCUUGCCUCUGUCUACUGCUUCCUGACCGUGUUCAACCCUUUCAUUAUGGGAGGUCUGAUGUUGUGGAAGAUUUUAAUCCCCUUUGUUCUUGUGAUGUGCGCGCUGGAAGCCGUUCAGCUGACCACCCAGUUAUCGUCGAAAAGUCUUUUUCUCAUGGUUCUCGUCAUAUCAGACAUCAUGGCUUUGCAUUUCUUCUUCUUGGUCAAGGAUUAUGGCAGCUGGCUUGAUAUUGGAACAAGCAUCAGCCACUACGUGAUUGUCAUGUCCAUGACCACUGUCCUCAUGUUCCUCAACGCCCUGGCCCAGCAGCUCACGACCAGGAAACUCAGACUGUGUGGCAAACCCAAAAGCCACCUCAUCUGAUGGCGCUGAAGCCGCCCUCCAGCACCUGGGCCCUGCCUGUCCAUGUCCUCUCCCACUGGAGGCCCGCCGAGGACGCAGCAGGGGGACGGGAACUGCUGUGCGGCGUGCUCUGCUCCUGUAAGACAAUCGCACGUCGAAGCAGGAGCUCACGGGUUGUCUGGAAUAAAGGAGCUUCCGUUUCCUGUCGCUUCUGCGUGCACCAGGUGGUGAUGGUGUCUGUGGGAGAGCUCUCUCCGUUUUCAUCUUCCCCUGAGCUGGCAGCCCUCCUCCCUGACGUGUCUGAGCACCUGCCGCAAUCGUCCCCAACUGCUCGGCUCCCUGUGUACACAGAGGAGAAGGCUCCUGGGGGCAUUUCCGGUCACAUUCAAAGUCAACUGGCCAGCUGAACCGGAAGGACAUCCCCAGGUGGCACCGUAAAUCCUCACCGAGUCUCGGGACUGGUUUUGCCAGAGGUUCGGACCACUAAACACUCACUAGAGAGCCCCCCAGAGGCGUUGUGCAGGUUCACAGGGGCCCCUGGAGAGACACAUGUUUGCAGUUGCUGGUCGUCUUCAGGCCACAACGUGUAUCUCAGGGCUGCUUCUAGGGUUUUCGUGGCCUGCCACCUACAUGCAGGCUUGACCUUUACUUUUUUUAUUUCUGGAUUCUCAUGGAAUUUCUGGGAAUACAAAAGUAAAAAAAGGCUUGGUAUCUUGUCUGGGGGCAAAAGAAAACAAAUUAAAAGGAUUUGUUUAAAAAGGACUUUGAGAACCUGCCUCAGAGUCUCCCUCCUGAAAGGUCAGCAUACUUCAGGGAUGUCCUCACGUACUUUUGCAUGUAACUCCUCACUCUGUCGCGGGAGGAGGGUGUUGUGUGCGUCACUGAGUCUUAUCUUCCCGAGCGCUGCAAAUGUGUUUAAAUUGUACAUUCAGUUUCUGUUACCUCCAUCGCUUUCAUUAGGCAUUGUUUUUACAUAGUUCUUUAUUUUUUUAUUUAUUUUUUAGAAACCAGAGUUUACUUAGAAAAGUACAGAGGUAAUAGAAAUGAGCCCGCUGGGCUGUGUGGGCUCAGCAGCCCGAACACCUGAAGUCCUCUCGUGAAAUUUCAUUCCUAUUUGUAAACUAAUUCUUAUGGGCAGAAUAUUUGGAAAGUAACUUUUCUUUGCCUUUUUCAUCAAGUGACCUUUACCGUCAGUGUAGCAUUGGCCUUGUGCCCGGGACGUGCCCGUGGAUUGUGACUGAUGCUCAGCAUCACUGGUCUGAGUCCUGUUGUAAAAAAAGAAUUGCUUUUGAAUUAAGUUAUAGUAUUUCUAACUCACGUUUUGAAUUAAGUUAUAGUAUUUCUAACUCAUGUUAAUGACGCGGAAGCCCUCUGCAAAUGACUACAUCUUUCAGAUUGUCAGGGUAGUGAACAAAUGCAAUUUCUUUUCUUUGCUUUUUGUUUAUGUAUGUAUGUAUUUAUUGUUGACACUUUUACAGAUGUCCCCCGUGUUUUCCCCUCUCACCCGCAACAAAUACAAUUUACAAGAUUCGAAAAUCAAUUUGGCAGUAUGGGCUUUUUAAAUUUUUAUUUAUGAUGAAAUAUAAUUCACUUCUGAUAGUACUUUGUGGUAUACCAGCAAAAGCAUUCUAGCAUAAAAAAAGAGAAAGACGUAUCCAUCUCAAUGUGAGACCUCACACAGCAGUCUGCGACACGAAACAGGUGGGCCGCCGAGAGGCUGCUGUGGCCGGCAGGGACACUGGCGGAGAACCCUUGACCCUGCUCAUCGCCUCAAAGGAUUUGGGGUCAGUUUUUUCACAAGCCAGAGACAAUGACUUUAUGAAUACUUUUUAAACUCCUUUUAGAUCAGUUUUGCCUUUCAUCAUUUCCCAAAUUUUCGCCCAGAAGAAUUGAUGGAUAUUUUAUCACAGCGCUGUAAAAGGUGCCCAGUGCUUUAUCCUUACUGUGUUCUGCAGAUACUGUUUUGAGUCCAUGCGCGUUUACGGAACGGGUCAGCGCCUGCCGCUGGGGGCCGGCCUUGCCGCUCCACCCGGGCCCCUCAGAGCCACCUGCACGGCUCGGGGGGCCUUCCCUGUUGCUCAGCUCACCCAACACCUUACAGUGUUGUAAAGUGCUUGUUUUUGUAUUGAGUAACAG